AUGUUAUCUGUAGCUGCUCAAUUUGCGUGUCGCAGGAGUUUGAUGCCCGGCUUGGGCGUGAAUACGAGGUCCGUAAGUCUCGGGGUGAGAUCGUUGAGCAAUAACGCCGACAAAGGCAUCGAGGGAAACAGCGACCUGACAUGGAUUGAUUUUUUCAAGAUGCGCAGACAGCAACGUCGUAUCAACGUGGGUUCUUCCGUCUUCACUGCGUUCCUCGGCUGUAACGCCUCCUGGGCAUACCUGUCAACGAUGCAGAUCGACCCAACGCAGACUUUGCUCGGGUUCGACCCACUUAUGGUGAUCACUGCAGGCAUUGCGGCGUCAGGAGCUCUCGGAUACCUGCUCGGCCCGCUCGUUGGCUCACAGAUCUUCCAGAUGCUGAACAGAAGGAGACUGCCAGGCUUCGACAUCAAGAACAAGGAGUUCCUCAAGAAAGUGAUCGAAAAUCGUGUCGAUGCGUCCUCACAGAGUUUCAGCAACCCUGUGCCAGACUAUUACGGCGAAAAGAUAGGCUCUAUCGGCGAGUACAGACAGUGGCUGAGGGACUGUCACGCAUACAGAAGGAAGGCCAAGGAGUUCCUCUGA